UGCAAACCAUUUUCCAACGCACGUGUAAAAUCUGUCAACACGCGUCGCCCACUUUGCGCACCGUCCCGCCCACGAUCGUGUGAAGCAAUUUUCAAAUAAAUCAGUUCAGCGUCUUGUCUUAAGCUCUUCGUACAGCUUUUCUUCGCGUGUACGGCACUCGAACGGUGUUGUUGUACGAUAAAUUUUCUACAAAAACCGAGCCAAGUGUAUAAAACAUGCAUUCGGUACGCAACAGGAACACCCCGAAAAAGAACAACACCGCGUGUCAUCGUGUUGCUAGUCGCAAGUCUGCUACAAUAACAACAGUGACAAGCAGCAAAGCAACAGAAUUGAAAUCGUUCCGAGUAAAGUGAAAGCAAAUAACUGCAACAACCAAACCAAAACAACAACAAAAAAACAAAAAAGAGAAACCAUUAAGCACUGUAAAAAUGGCACCGCGGUUGAAACACAAAGUGCUCUUCGUACCGCAAGUUCAUGUAAUGAUCAUAAUAACCUGCCACACGGACCAUUUGGGCGGAAUGUUUGAAGUGAAAAGUGGAGCUAAAUUAAAAGAAAACACCAGCCCAGAUCCAGUGGUCCCAGCGUCUUGAGUUGGAAAGUACCCUUGUAAUCGUGUACUGGACCGGUCUUACCUCAUUGCGGUGUCCUGCGAAAUGGUGAAAUAAAAGUAAAGGAAAAACAAAAAUAUUCACUAAAAAAAAAAAAGAUGGAAAACUGUAAGCGGUGGAGUGUAAAAUUUGAUUGCAACCGUACCGUUUGAGCGUACGGAGCAAAUGGUUGUUGCUGCUGCUGCUGCUGCUUUAAGCUCUUCUCGAAGUACACCGAAACAUGGCCACGCACACACACACACAAACAGAGAUUUACUCCAAAAUGGGAAAGAUUUUCCGGCGCACAAAUUGUUGCACGCUGGUGUGUGUGUUUGUAUGUGUGACUGUGUGUCUGUGUGUGCGUAACCGACGAAGCCACCAAGAUCGUUAGCAUAAACAAAAUGCCACCGUUUAGUGCGUGUGCGGGUGGUGCCUACGCGUGCUAUUGUGACUGAAUCUUGGCUCACAAAAGAAACCGAUAGCGCAACUCACCCAACUCCUUGUCCCUCUCCCCCCAACCUUCCCCUCUGAAUACCCCGCAAACACUUUUAAUCAGGGAAAGGUGGAACCAACCGAAGGGAUUCUUACCCUCGUUUGGAAAAACCAUUCGUUAGUGAAGAAUUUUCCUGCCGGCUGUUUGUGUUACGGUUCGGUCCGUUGCGUUUUGUUUUAGUUUGGAGUUUUCUUUUCCGCAUCCUUGAAGCGUUCCUCUUCCCCUUUCCGUUUCCCUGUUUUUCACGUCCCAUAGUGUACUUAUAAAUUGUGCGUAGCAACCGGUUUACUGUGGCGUUCAAUACGCAUCAGGAAACCGUUCGAUGACGACGACGAGGAAAACCUUUCAACGAUCAGCGUUUCAGGAAAGGGCGAAUGAUUGGAGGUGAUUGUUUUCCUUCUUAUCGCAUCGUUGGAGCAAUCGGUUCGAGCUGUUGCAAAAAAAGCGAGUCCAAAAGUCAUCGUCAUCGGUUGAUACAGUUUCGUACCAUCGGAAAAGCGAACUGUGACACAGAGGAAGGAAGGAACAGAAAAACGAAAGACCAUUUACGCUCGAACGGAAAGUUGAUACGACGGCCCGAUCUGCAACACUACACGCUAACAACGGAUUUCAUUCAACGUGAAAAACCAAACGAAAAGUGAAUCCCGUGGCAAACGCUGACAGGGAGUCGAAUCUUCCCAUUCCACCCGCCCUUCCUUAUCCAUUUGAUUGCCAAAGCCACACACACACAUACACGUAGGCAAACUUCCUUCGUGUCGAGGUCCCGGAACAGAAAACGAACCGAGAAAAACCAAUUAUGAUGUGAGAAAAAUCAGAACCAGGAGUAUUUUUUCUCCCGUUUUGCACCGUCUUUCGUUUGUUUUCUGUGGCCUGCGGGAAAAUCGCGCACGAAUGAAAAUUUGAGUUAAAAGUGAUCUUUUUUUUUCGUUGAGUUCGUGGUUGGGCCGAGAAAUCGCACAUCCAGCAUGCUUUCAAGCAAUUUCACUGCUACCAGAGCGAAAGGCAAAUGAGGACGAAGGCCCGAAAACUAGAAACGAAAUUUUUUCGAACACCAACAGAGAGCGGACCUUUAUUUUGUGGUUUGGGGUUUUUUCAUAUAGGAGUGUAUGUGUGUCCUCCCUUUUGUGCGGUUUUCCACUAAACUGAUUCAGGCACGUUUGCUGCACAUUUGUGAAGGAAAUUUUAUGUGAAAAGAAUUGUAACGAGUAGAGCAAUUAGAUUUGUUAGCGCGUGAAUAACAUCAUAAACCUUUCGCGUACUGCUUCCUUCCAAGCAGCAAAAAAAAGUGCCAACGCCUUCCAACGACCGUCGCACGAAAACAUUAAUUCUUGGUCGUUAAACUGUUGUUUUUUUUUCUGCUUCGUGUGUGCUUCAUCUAGGGGUGGUUACCGUUUUGCGCAUCGGUUUCUUUUCUUUUUUUUUGUUUUCUGCAUGUGAUUGGCGGUGUGCGUGCGUAGUUUGUUUAAGGUUAAACAAACCUUCCCCAUGCGGCCUGUGAUUGUGUUUAAUGUGCUUUACUUACCAUGAAUUGGGCUUUUCCCAUUUAUGUUUGCGCUCCAUUCACACUCCAUUCGGAUUAUCAACGUCUAUUUCUGCAGGUGAUGGAUUUCCUUUUCGACACGAGUGCUGCGGGCUUCGGGAGCAGGCGUAAGCGAUAGUCGCGAUAGUGAGACGUGAAGUUUUAGUAAUUUUCUAGGCCAUUUUGAAGUGUUGCCCAAAAGUGAGUGAAGUGUAUUGUAAGUUUUUUGGGGGGGUGCAAACAUUUUUCCCUUCACGACCGAUGCUCCCACGAAACCCCGCCCAGAAGCUAGCGGGGUGGUGCUUCCUGUUUAGUAAGUUUUACGACCAUUUUGGUACGAGCCCGAAAACGGAAAGUCACAACAAAUGCUUACAUUUACAUUAGUGGCUAGUGGCUAGCGGAGGCACAACAAAUCAGUGAGUAAAAAUAACAAAUCACGGCCCCAUUAAAGUGACGUGACGGUGUUCGCGGUGUUGCGUGUGCCGGGUAAACAAAACUGCGUAGCAUAAAUAAUCGAUUCCCAACGAACGAAGUCGGCACGUGGCGCGUGGCAGUAUGGAAAUUUACAACCGCCGGCGGCUGGAAGCCGUUUCCGGCGCCGCAGUGUGUGAAUCCGAUGAUGAAGGACCGACGGCACAAGGUGGUACGGUAUCGAGCGGAUGGUGUGGUGUCGAGAGCCGCAUCAACGGUGGUGAGAAGGAACAUCAACAUGGCACCCUUAGUAGUACGCCUUCCACGCCAACACCGGCCUGCACAGACAGUGUUGCAAGCCGGUGGAAAAUUCGCGGAAGGAUCUACCAUCGGUCCCACCUGCACCUGUUGCUAGUCGCUGCCGUGCUGCUGAUACACAUGCUUGUAAAUAUUAGAAUAGGAGAAGCAGCUAGUCAAAUACUCAACAAAGCGGAACCACUAUUCAUCUCCAGAUCGGAAGCAUUCAAGUUCGCUGUCGGCGAUACGAUUACACUACCGUGCGAAGUAGCCUCUCCAGGUACGUACGUGCUGGCCUGGAAGCGGGGCAUCGCCAUCCUGACCGCUGGUUCGGUCAAAGUCACUCCGGAUCCGCGCGUUCGGCUUGUGAACGGCUACUCGCUACAGAUACGCGAUGCAGUACCGCAGGAUGCAGGAGAUUACAUCUGCCAGAUCGCCAUGAUGGAUCCACGAGAAAUUACACAUCACGUGGAAAUUCUUGUUCCACCAAAAAUCACUCACGUCACAUCCGGCGGUCAUCUGCAGGUCCGGAAGGGUUCACCGGUACGGCUCGAAUGCUCUGCCACCGGUAACCCGAUGCCCAACAUUACGUGGACCCGGAAAAACAAUCUGUUGCCAAACGGCGAGGAACAGUUCACCAAUCCCGUGUACGUCAUCGAAAACAUGGACCGGCAUAAGGGUGGAACGUACAUCUGUACUGCCAACAACGGUGUCGGACAGGUGGCCACAAGUCAAAUCAUUCUGCAUGUGCUGUAUCCACCUGAGAUAAGCGUGGAGAAUCCGAUCGUGUACUCCGGCGAGGGCCAGGAGGCGAUGCUCGUGUGUAUCGUGCACGGUGAAUCUCAGCCGGAAAAGGUACUGUGGCACAAGGAUACGAUGCAGAUCGACCAAACCGAACGGCACGUGAUCGAAAACCGUGGUGCCCGCCACACGCUCAUCAUCCGGAAGGUGCACCCGCAGGACUUCGGUAACUACUCCUGCAUCGCGGACAACCAGCUGGGCAAGACGCGCAAAACGGUCACGCUGACGGGCAUACCGAAGAAGGCCGUGUUCCGAUCCGUACCGAACAGCCAGUGGAAGGACAAGUAUAACAUCUCCUGGAUCGUCGACUCCCAUUCACCGAUCGAAGAGUUCAAGCUGUACUACCGGCAGGUGGACGGUGAUACAAUGCAAACGCAGGACGGCAUCUAUCUCGAUACGCGGAAAAUGCAUCACAGCUACGCAGGUGAUAAUAUGCUAGACUACAACCGGAAAAUCAACUCGUACGAUAGCUACUCGUACAACAAUGGCUACCACAAUCUGCACCACAAGUGGUCCAAGACGGACUGGCGGGACAUUGUGCUGCCGGCGUUUCCCUACUCCCACCACUACACCCAGGGCAUGAGCUACCUGAUACGGGGGCUCGAACCGGACCAACAGUACGAGGCACGGGUUCAAUCCAGGAACCGGCACGGUUGGAGUGAAUUUUCCGAGAGCUUUCUGUUCACCACGUCAAACACAGAUACGGAGAUACGCGACCUAAGUGUUACUCACUACAGCUCGUCCAGGGCGUCAGUCAUAUUUGCCAGUGAAAUGCGAUGUCUACUAGGAGCCCUGUUUCUGGUCACCAUAUGCCGUUUGGUAAGCUUUUGAAGUUGACCCUAUCGCUAAUUGCCGUACAGCAGGAAAGAUUUACGCAGCAAAGGUUCUGUUAGCCGGUGGUGAUUCAUUACAACAGCACAGUUAAGUCAUCAACAAUACAUUCUUAAUCAGUUUUAUCAGUACAUCCCACAAAACGUCCUCCACGAAAAAGAGCUCCAUUGUUUUUGGAGAAUCUCAAUUUGUUAAUAAUUUCUAUCGCUCAAAAAGCAUUACUCAAUUUUGUACUCAUGAUGUCAAAGAAGCGUUUAUUUAUUUUUAUGACACAGAAGAAAAAAAAUACCCUCGAACGAAUAACCAUUCAGGCCAAGCAAAAGCGACAGCGCACGGAAAACGGCGCGACUGAAAAACGUUUGCGAAAAAAGUAAAUGUGAUUACAAGAACAAAAAAAAACGAUACCAAUUCAAACCAUCACGCAAGCAAGCAGAAAAAAAAACAACGCGAAAAGUUGAACGCAACUUGAAAUUGAUUAAGCUGGAAGGACUAUAUAUAUUUUUUGAUGAAAUUUAAUUUACUCUGAUAAAAUAAACAACCACUCAAAUUAAACCUCUGGCUACUGGAACGAAGAUGGCAAUUUCAGCAAUUACGCUCGCGACGAUGAUGAUGAUGAUGGCAAUGAUGAUCAUGGUGACGAUCGCGGUCACGACCUCGCACCCGUUUGUGUGCCUGUCGCUGGUAGCACGCAGGUGGUCAUAAUUUAUUACCAUUUGUCUUACCCCCGGGGAACGGACGGGACAGGUCGUACGGGGCGUUCUGUUCAUCCCGCGAGGCGGGUUUUUGGUGAAUGGUACAAUGCAAAGAAAAGAACACCAAAACUUACCACCAAAACGGAUGCGUUUCACAACGAAUGAAAAAUUCAACCAAAAGCACUCCAAAAAAUAACAAAAACCUUCGAUGGUGCACCGGCCGAACAGCUGGCGGGGAGGGUGAAAAGGUGGCGCCGGUUCAUUUGCGGAAAAACAAGAGGUACAGAACAAUCUGCCAUUGCCGCCAUUGAAGAAAAGUAUGGAGCACAAAAAUUAAAUUAAUUUAAUUGAAAUCACACUCCAUUGUGCUGCGCUCACUCCGUUGUCCGGAGGCGAAUGAGCUUGCUGUUUGCUUUUAUUUCGGAAUAUUCCCACCGAGAAGCAAGUUUUUUUGCUUCUUUUUUAUGUACCGAAAAUGUGGUACUAAGCAUUGUUCUGCCAUUUAUGCCUGUGAUGAAAUAGUUUGUUUAAAAGCUCGCAAUUACACACGCCACAAAUAUGUAACACUAUUCAUACGGCGAUUGACUGUGACAGCCAGUCAAAAUUGCAUACAUUCCGGCGUUCAAUUAGGGGAUGCAUUCCAUUAUUAUUAUUUUGUGACAUAAUUCCUAAAACAUUUGCCAGCCAUUCCGGUCGGCCAUAAUGGAAUUCAUCCGCUUAUUGUAAUAAUGUCCCAUUAUGCAUUUAAAAUGCUUUCCCAAAACUAGCUUCCGACGCUACAUUGGUGGAUGAAAAUCAUUAUGAACUUAUGAAUAUGGAAAAGGUCAUAUCUGUUCCCCUUUUGCUUUGCCGCAGACCAAAGACCCUCCUACCUUUAUCAUACGUUUCACGACUGUAUCAUAUUUAGUGGCGGACAAUUAAAGGUGUGUAAAAUGCAAUUAUUCCACAACAAGCCCGCAUUGAAGGUGCGGUACCACCGCAGCCGAAACAGCACUGGUCCUAAAAACGGAUAUUCCUUUUGAAUAUGCAAAACUCUAGCACCGAUUCAACUACCACACGCUGAUUUCGAGGGGUAGAUUUUGUAAUUAAAUUUUGAAACAAACCUCAACUAAUAAACCUUCCGCUGCAAAGCAGACAAACCUGCACCAAGUGGAGCGAUUUGUCCCUGUGGUGAUGGGACGAAGAAAAAAACUCUCGAUUCCAGCUGUGUAUUGCAAUUCCACCGUGUGCUGGUGGGCAUUACUUUUAUCGUGCUGCAUGGACAUAACGAUUCAAAUGAUUCUGUUCAAACGGCGAAGGGUCAAUGGUGUAAUUGCGAAAUGGAACUUUAUGACAGUGCGGCACUUGUGCUCGUAAAAACAAAUCGUAGAGAAGAAAAAAAACUUAACAACGCCAUAUUUUUAUUUCGGUGCUAUAGAAAAAUAUUCCACCAGUUUUGAUGGUUUUAAAAGGGACACCAGAAAGCACAAGAUGCAAGCAAAAACAGAUCGAUUUCAAUAAAAGCCUUCCCAGACAGACAGUUUGACAGUCUUCAGCAAUCAUUCACCCAGAAGGUGUUGAUUUCAUCGUACGGUUGUCAGAAGCGUCACAAUAGCAUCAAAAAGCCUAUAUUCAAUUAAAAUAAGAACCCUUUUGAGACGGGUUUCGCUUCCAUUUUACACAUGACGUAAGGGAACAAGAACUAUGACCGCUUACUCAACGCUGCUGGUCAGCAGCUGUUCGUCUUAUGGUCCCUAAUGAAUUCCUAGACGCUCACACUUUCAUCCGGAAGUCAAACAAAACGGAACUACACACACACACGUCAAGCUUAAUGGUACAAAACUUUGCCAACCUUUCUUUAUGACCCAUGCUUACAGAUGCAUGUUUCUUUCCCCAACGCAAGCUUCGAGCGUAAAAGUUGAAGUAAAGUUUUUUGUUGCCCACCGAUUUGAUGAGGUGAAGUCGGAUUGGUUGAUAGGAACAUGUACGUCUUUUUCCAAAAAAAAAACUUUCUUGCAGAUGAAAGCCCCUUGGGUUCCACAGCAUUACGUUCAGCAACACCGUCAAGCAACAGGGCCGUACCGAGCCUGUUCUUCAGCGCAACCGAAACACGACAGCCAAAAAAGGGAUUGACUUCCGUGCCUGUUACGUUUGCGGUUUUCUUCAUGGUGCGAGUUUAUCUUCGACCCGCUCAAAACCACGACCGGACGAACCAACCUACCAUUGAUUAGAGCACCAGCAGAAGCUAGCAAAAGGCGCCAGUCGGGGUUUCUUUUUUUUUUGGUAAAAGUUUCACCCAAUAUUCAACCGCCCGCCCGUUGCAGACAAGCAACAGCUCCCUUGAGUGGCCUUCAGCUGGUGCCCUAUUUACGAUGCCGGCCGUGGAUAAAGGAUGAAGAAACGGAACAAUGAAUGUUGUCGGAAAAAAAGGGAAGAAAACUUCAUCCACUUCUAAUCCACCCCGUCUGUUUUCGUUUUCUGCUCAACCACAAAACAAUGCCUAAGCAAGUGGUGGCCGGUGUUGAGCAGGAUGUUUUGCAAACGGUAAACCACCCGUACGAACAAAAGCAUCCCGUUUGGAUUCAUCUUGAUAGAAAAUCUUGAUAUUGCAUGCCUUUCGUACGCGGUACAGUGAUAAGGUCGGGGAGGGGAAUAUCAUUGCCUGCACAUCAUCAUGCACAUCAUCGUCGCAGUCGUAGCUGUGAGGUUUAAACAGAAAAGUUUUCACCUUCCAAAACUCGGUUAAGCGAAUGUAGAGCAAAUGCAUCUAAAAUAAAAGCAAAAGACAUCUUUCUCACAACCACAACCCAAAAGCCAAUUCCCAAAUACUCGAUCGUCAGCUGCAUUGGAGAAAUGGCUAAUGUUUCUUUGCGAAAAGUUUAACGGAUGCAACACUGCGUGGUACAGUUCCGGGUCCGAAGUACGUCCAUUUUCCACCGGGCCAGUGGAAAAUUGUUUCGUAAAGUAUUUGUUCGCUUUGCAUGCGGUUUGGACCGAGGGACAUGGGUUUCGAAAAUGGUAUCGUUUUGUUUCGCGCACGGGCUAAGUUUAUCUUGCUUUAUCUUGGGGUUUUUUGAAGUGUUCAAGUAAGCACACCAACCGACGCCGUACAACACUUGUUGUAAAUAUAUAUGCAUGUGAAUGUGCUACCAGGAUAUGUUCCAUAUUUUGACCAGAGCCACAGACAGUCAUGCAAGAACUUUUGCAAUGAAAACAAUGCCCACUAGCAAACCAUGGCAGUACACGAAUGAAUGAGGAAGACAUUCUAGCCAGGGGAAAGUAUUGCAAAAGUUCAAACAAGCUGUUUUUAGUAAACUUAAAGCAGCGUAAAGUUUCACAAUGGCAACCAUCUUGGUGGAGGUAGCCGAGGGUGAAAGGAAGCGAAAAAUAGUUUAAAGAAAAUUAGGAAAAAUGAAUUUGUUGUAAGCAGCCCCAUUUCCACCCCAUACCGUCUCCUCACACACCACCCCAACCUUGCAUCCUUUCUGACACAUACACCCUCACCCACACCAACACCCAACAACCCUGUUCUGUACAAUUUUUGCAUAGCGCCUUAGAUGUGUAUCCGUCUGUGUUGAUCAUGCUUGACCAUCUCCCGUGCAAAGUGGAGCCAGAUGUAAUGUUACUCUAUUUGUGAAGAUUAUUUAUUUACUCGUGGAUAAGAAUGUGUUUUCUUUCUUUUCCUAGAGCAAAGCAUAGCGGUUAAAUAGGUUAAAUGCGAUAGAACUCAUUAGUAACUGCAUAAGGGAUAGGGAACGUACAUCCUGUAUCCUUUCCUUUCCUUUGAUGUCCUGUCAAAUGUCGCUAACGUGAUCGGUCAUUAAACAAAGAAACAAAAACUGCAAACAUUCGCUCUCUGCUCAAUCCUGAUCGUGGGAAAAUCAACCCGUGCUGCUUCGGUACGGUACAGCGGUACGAAGCAUAUUAUGUAAAUGUUUAGAAUAAUGCAAGAACAAAGCAAAAGUAACACUGAGAGACGAGGAAGAAGCAGCAGCACGCACACUGAACUAGCACGCUCUCGAAACUAUACCGUCAAACAAAAGAAAAACCCAGCUGCUGCUACUGUUUUCCGUGUAGGAUAAGUCAUCCAAAACAAAGAGGUAGAUGAUGAACGUAUUUCUUAAAUCAGAUACUCCUGAGUGUAUUUAGUAUGUGUAAAGAACGGUUGACGGUAUGUUAGCUUAACCAUUGUGUCACUCAUCAUCAGCAUCAUCAACCCAAACCCAUCAAUCCACAUAACAACGAGAUUUAUGAAGAAAACAAGACUCAAUCAUCCGGCGCUAGAAUAGAUCGUGCGGUAACAAAAAAAAAUAUCGAUGGAUAGCACACACACACACACUUUCGACACCUUGCUCGUUGAAAUAGAACACGGCAGCAAGAAGGUACCAUUUCAUUUCCCACUGGGAUGAAAUCAUACUAUGUAUGGCAUGGUGGUAAGCACACCGAGCAGAAAGCGAUGUAGCGAUGUGAGAAGAGAGAAGCAAAAAAAACGAUAACAAAAACGAACAAAAGUAGAGAAAAUGAAGAUAAAAAAAAACCUAUGAGAAAAUGAUACAAAACUCUUUAUAUGAUGACUUAUACUUUAUAUGAUAACUAUUUAAAUAAGCGACAGCAAAGAUGAUUCCGCAUGUGAAAAGAAAAACACAGAUAAACACACACACACACACAAACACAUCCAGAGAGAAGGAUAAAACCAAGCGUAACUUAAAUGGAAAAUCAGAAGAAGAAUAAAACAAACACAUACACACAAGUAGCAAACUGUACAAGAGGAUAAACUGGUGAACAACUUCUAGAUGCACUUUUUGUAUAUAUCUACACACUCACCCAUACACAAAGGCCAGAUAUCCUGAGCAGAAUAUGGAGAUGAUCAAAAGCUAAAUGCCAACCGGUGGUACGGGCGACCGGAAAAGGGGUGGCAAAAAGAAAACCGAGAUUAGACAUGUACCGCUCCUUGAAGAAACGAAGAUAUUCUGCGUAUAUUUUGCAAAAGCUUAUCGAAUGUGUCGAAUAGUUUAUUCAACGAAACAACACACGGCAAAAUGUUAUACCGAUUCAUGCUGAUCCAAUCUUAACCCCACAACAUGGGAACGUAAAGACAAGAUGGAUGUCUUGGGUCUUUUUGUUUUGUUUUUUUUUUUAGAUAAAGACAAAGACAUUUUCAGCCAGCAGCAUGGUAAUUGCAAAAAAAACGACAUACGCAAAAAACCACCAUAAAGCAGGAAUGAUACACACUGUACCGAUCGAGCCCGAACGAUCGUUCAUUCAAGAUAUUCGCACACAAAUAAUGCACAGGUGUAGAGAUUAAGCAACAAACCAGAACAAAACAAAACAAAAAACAUUCAACAACGGCCACUGCAAGAUAAGCUCAAGGUAAUAGGUUACAUUUGUUGGAGAAUAUUGUAUAUGUAAAACAGAAACCUAACACAACCACAGAAAACCUUACUCUGGGUAACAUUCUCCUUGGAUGACACUAUCAAUUUCAAUGCAAAUCAUACCGCAAUGCCAAAACGCAGUGCAUCAGUGAAGUAAAACACAGAGAGAGAGCGAGAGAGGAAAAAAAAGAAAAAUUUAUCUCAACAUGAAAUAAAACGUGAAAAUGAGAUUACUAUAGUGGAAACAAAAAAGCGAGCGAUGGAUUUAUGAAACAUUUGUCAACAGUGAAUCGAAAAUAGAAACAGAGGGAAUGCAAUGUUAGAUCAGCAGAAACGAUGCCGUGAAAAGCAGUGAACCCUUACUGUGUAACGGAGAAGCAGAGAACAAACACAACUACACUUUGUCCAGCAGAUGAAAUAAAGUAAAUUCAAUAAAAAGUAAUAAAAGUGAA